GCGCCCCGGGUCGCGCGCCUCCCUCGCCGCGGUGCAGGCUGCUAGCUCAGCAAGUCUUGCGGUAUAGACGCACCGGCCGAGUUGGGGGCCGGGGCGCAGCGGGACUCCGGGCCGGGAGCGGACGCCCCCUCGGCCGUCGCCUGCAGCCUGCAGUCCCUCACUUCGGAGACCCGGUCUCUCCUGGCUGGCCGCCCCGCUGCCCGCCACCACCGCCAUGAGAAAUAUCUUCAAGAGGAACCAGGAGCCCAUUGUGGCUCCUGCCACCACCACCAUGCCCGCGGGGCCCGCAGACAACUCCACGGCGAGCGGGGGUGCCCGGGAGGGCCCGGAGGAUGUCUUUACCAAGAUGAGGGACAGAUUCUUCAAUGAGAUGAACAAGAUCCCCUUACCCCCCUGGGCUCUGAUCGCCAUCGCUGUGGUCCUGUGCCUCCUGCUCCUUACGUGCUGCUUCUGCAUCUGCAAGAAGUGCUGCUGUAAGAAGAAGAAGAACAAGAAAGAGAAGGGCAAAGGCGCGAAGAACGCCAUGAACAUGAAGGACAUGAAGGGCGGCCAGGACGAUGACGAUGCAGAGACGGGCCUGACGGAGGGAGAAGGCGAGGGGGAGGAGGAGAAGGAGCCAGAGAACCUGGGGAAGCUGCAGUUCUCCCUGGACUACGAUUUCCAGGCCAACCAGCUCACCGUCGGCGUCCUACAGGCCGCAGAGCUGCCUGCCCUGGACAUGGGAGGCACCUCGGACCCUUACGUCAAAGUCUUCCUCCUUCCGGACAAGAAGAAGAAAUAUGAGACCAAGGUCCAUCGGAAGACGCUGAACCCCGCCUUCAAUGAGACCUUCACCUUCAAGGUGCCCUACCAGGAGCUGGGGGGCAAGACCCUGGUGAUGGCCAUCUAUGACUUCGACCGCUUCUCCAAACAUGACAUCAUCGGGGAGGUGAAGGUGCCCAUGAACACCGUGGACCUCGGGCAGCCCAUUGAGGAGUGGCGGGACCUGCAGGGCGGAGAGAAGGAGGAGCCCGAGAAGCUGGGUGACAUUUGCACCUCCCUGCGCUAUGUGCCUACCGCCGGAAAGCUCACUGUCUGCAUCCUGGAGGCCAAGAACCUGAAGAAGAUGGACGUGGGGGGCCUUUCAGACCCCUACGUGAAGAUCCACCUGAUGCAGAACGGCAAGCGGCUCAAGAAGAAGAAGACCACGGUGAAGAAGAAGACCCUGAACCCCUAUUUCAACGAGUCCUUCAGCUUCGAGAUCCCCUUCGAGCAGAUCCAGAAGGUGCAGGUGGUGGUCACGGUGCUGGACUACGACAAGCUGGGCAAGAAUGAGGCCAUCGGCAAGAUCUUCGUGGGCAGCAACGCCACGGGCACGGAGCUGCGGCACUGGUCCGACAUGCUGGCCAACCCCCGCAGGCCCAUAGCGCAGUGGCACUCGCUCAAGCCCGAGGAGGAGGUGGAUGCGCUGCUGGGCAAGAACAAGUAGGUCCGCGGCUGCAGCCGCCUGCCGCGGACGCGGACGAGACCCAGAGCACUGGUACCUCAGUCGUCAGCCCUGGAGGUUUCCUUUUCCAUCUGUCUGUGGUCCUGCCCCCGUCCUUCUUUCUGUCCCUCUGUUUAAAGACCACCGUCCUCUGGCUGUGAGAUGGGUCCCCUUGGAGGAGAGCAAGGAGCUGGUUCCGGUGGCCGCCCGGGAGCUGUGCUUGCUGCAUGCCCAUCGCCCUCGUCCUCCACAGCUCUACCUGCCCGCCGGGAGGCUCUUUGGCAGAAGUUGUGGCAUUUCCGUGGUUUGAGUCUUCUGGACCCACAAGGUGGCAGCACUUCCUGUGUCCUGUGCGUGCAGCUCCCCAUGCUCCUGGAAGGGGCCAUGGACCGUGGGCUCGUGGGAGCAGAAGGCCCUUGGGGACCUGUCUGGACAGCAGCCUGGUCACCAGGAGCCUCGGUCAGGUGCAGGAGCGUGGCGCCCUGGGAGGGGCCGGGAGGCAGGUGGUCCAGAGCUAGGACCAGACCCUGAAGCUGUCCCCCCUUGUCACCACGGCCUCCUGCUGGUGUGGUUCCCGGGACAUCCCGGCCAGCUGUUCACUGAUUGGCCAGACUUGAAGAGGGCCCGUCUGUCCUGGGACCUCGCGUUGUUGACAGUGGGUGUCAAACUGUGAAGACAGGGGACCCCCCCCUUCCCAGAGAGGCCCCAGGGAAGUGCUGGACCAUGGCCCUUCCAGUGGGAGAUGGACGUGGCUGCCUUUCCAGAACAGGAGCCGCGCGGUUCCUGGGUGGGGCUCCCUGUUACGCUUUUCUCAUUUGAUCUCCACGGACGGGCGCUGCCUAAAGCGGAGCCUGGGAGAUUUGAAAGGCAGGUGUAAGUGUCCUUGUUCCCUGGUCCAGGUAAGAGGGCUGGUGAGCAGAUGGCAGGGAUUCUAGGGUGGCGAGGGGCUCCUGUCAAUCCUCAGGGGCUUCUCUGUGGACCCCCAGAGGCAGGGCGAUCGGCUGGUGGGGACUCAGGCCGGUUCUGCCCCGCGGUCACUUCUGCUCACCUCUGUCCCAGUGUUGAUAAAAAAGCCAUAUAUGUGUUA